AGAAGAGGAAGAGGAGGAAGAGGGGAAGUGUCCUGAACAGAGAUGAACACGUUUUUCUGUUGGCGACGGACGAUGAGCGUUAAAGAGGUGGAAGCUCUGCUGCGAUGUUUCCUUCCCUGAAAGCUUCAGCUGGCCACUAUAAAGAGCAUGUUAUUGACGGAACCACAUCUCUACAGAGGACUUAACUCAAAUCUCAUUCCAACUUGACUGCCACUGGUUAUGAGAAUCUGCACUUCGAGACUGAAACGGCUGGGGGUAAGAUGUUUGUGGAGUCAGUCGUCCGAUGGGGGGCUUGGAGCAUCCUGCUCCAGUUUGGACUGGGUGUAUCUGCAGGAGGCUGUCCUUCACGCUGUGUGUGUCGACCUGAGGCUAAAGAAGUGAUCUGCUCUGGCAAACAUUUGAACUCAGUGCCAGAGGGCUUUUCCAGCGAUGCCAGGCGUUUGGAUUUAUCCCACAAUAAGAUUAAGACUGUUGGGCGCCGCCAGUUCUCUGGCCUCCUGCAACUUCAAGAGUUGGAUCUCAGUGAUAACAUAAUCUCCAUGAUUGAGGUGGAGGCUUUCCAGGGCCUACAGAAUCUCAGGACGCUUCGGAUUAAGAAUAACCGACUCAAGAUCAUCCCGGUUGGGGUGUUUUCUGGCCUAUCCAGUCUGCGCUUUCUGGAUUUGAGCCAGAAUGAGAUUCUGGUCUUCUUGGACUAUACAUUCAAAGAAAUGGUGAACCUGCAAACGCUGGAAGCCGAGGAGAAUGACUUGGUCUUCAUCUCCCAGCGGGCUUUCUACGGUCUGCAGAGUCUGCAAGAGCUCAACUUAGACCGCAGCAACCUGACCUCUGUUCCUACCGAGGCAUUGUCCCAGCUCCAGAGCCUGGCACGUCUUCGCAUGCUACGACUUACCAUUUCUACACUUCCCAACAACGCUUUCCGACGACUACACCGUCUGCGUAGCCUCCUGAUUGCAAACUGGCCAACACUGGACACUGUGGCGAGCAACAGCCUGAUUGGUCUGAAUUUGACCUCGCUUGUCAUCAGCAGCUGCAACAUAAGUGCUGUUCCUUACUCGGCACUUCGUCACCUUGUGUAUCUGCGCUACCUGGACCUGUCCUACAACCCAAUCACUGUUAUUCAAGGUAAUCUGCUAGGGGACCUCCUGAGACUGCAGGAGUUACACCUAGCAGGAGGGAGCCUGCUACGAAUAGAGCCGGCGGCCUUUAGGGGCCUGGCCUACUUCCGCAUGCUUAAUGUGACAUCCAAUCAGCUCACUACUUUGGAGGAGAGCGUGUUCCACUCUGUGGGGAACCUUCAAGUGUUGCGGUUGGAUGGGAAUCCCCUAGCAUGUGACUGCCGGCUUCUAUGGGUGGUCCGUCGCCGAUUGCGCCUGAACUUUGAUGGACAUCAGCCAACUUGUUCGUGUCCUGAUGCAGUAAGACAGCGUGAAUUCAGAGACUUCUCCGAGAAGGAGCUCCCGAGGCUGUUUACCUGCCGCCCUGCCCGCAUCAUGGACCGCAGGCCGCAGGAGGCGAGAGUAGAAGAGGGCACUACGGUUCUCUUCUCUUGUAAGGCUGAAGGGGAUCCAUUCCCAUCUAUCACCUGGAUCUCAUCCCAUAAAAAUGUGGUUUCUCCAACAGGACGAAUCAGAGUUUUGUUCAAUGGUACUCUCGAGGUGCGUUUUGCCCAAGUUCAGGACAGUGGGACAUAUCAGUGCCUGGCGGGCAAUGCAGCCGGCAACGACAGCCUAACUGUUGGUCUGUAUGUGAAGGGGCUCCCUCGUAACCGAACCAUCCCCUUCUUCUCAGAGGAGGGCUGGGAAGAGCCUUCAAACUCCCAAGCUGCCAACUCCUCAGCUCAAAUGGCCAAACCCUACCCGUUUGACGCAAAGACUCUGAUCAUCGCCACCACCAUGGGCUUCCUGUCUUUCCUCAGCUCAGUGGCCAUCUGUUUUGUCUUCAUGUUUUUCUGGAGCCAGAGCAAAGGCCAGAUAAAGCACACGGCUACUAUUGACUUUGUUCCUCGGCCUUCAAUGGGUGGUGGAGGAGGUGAAGGAGGUGACGGUGGCAGGUUCACCAUGAAACUUAUUUAAGGAAGAGGUGAAAGGGGGCCUCCAUAUCGACUGAGUUCUUCCGCACUAUGGACCCCAUCGGGAUACUCACAGACCUCUAUUCAAAGCCCCUUCUGAAGGCGAAUCAGAGCCAGUUUGUUGGGCUGGUGCUCGCCCUCAUCUAAUUUUAGAGUGGAAAGUUACAUCUUAGCACCCACUUUGCUAACGAAUGAAUAUCUCAUGAUCUUGGAAUAGAAAGAAACUUGUAGUCAGAGCUCUCUCAUGGUUGCUGUGCAUAUUUACUUUGAAUAAGCAAACGGACACUUACCUAGCACAGUUAUUUUGUAUAUAAGCAUGUAAUUAUACAACAGUUGAUUUUCACAGAUUUAAAAAAUGAACACAUGAAGCCAGUGUGAGUUCGACACAGGUUACUGCAUUGUCAAAACAUAUGAGGUGCUUGUUUAAUCAUCCAUAUCGUACAAGUGUGCAUGUUUGAAUUCACUUGCCAAUAAAAGCCAAGUAAACAUUUGCCCUUCUGACCCUGGGGUUGCUAUUUCUGCUUCCCCUCAGAGGAUCAAGACUGCCAAGUCAGCGUUGGCUGUAACUGUAGACUGCGAAGCUUUUGAUACUUGCAAUAAAUAUAUGGAAUAGAGUAGCAGAAUCAUUUCUGAUCCUCAAAUGGUUAAAUUCUGGACAUUUUUGUGUGUUCUUUAAGGUGUUGCAUUGGAUAUGUGCUUUAUUUUAUGGGUACUGCUUUAAAUGAUCAUGUAGCGGUGCAGGAGACAUCCCAUAAUGUACAUAGGAAUGUAUCUUUUCCCAUUUCUUACUUAAAAACAAGGUUUUUUCAGGUCCAAAUUGGAUCACGGUCUUUCUUUUGAUAUUAUUUUAUCAUGCAAUUACAACACAUGUGUGUUCAAUCAGAAGAUGCUUUGAUUUCUCUUUUUUAUAUUAUUUUUCACCCACACAGAAAACACUGACAAAUAUGUGCCUCAGUAACGUUCUCACCAUCGACAAAGAGAAUGCUCACCUGAUCGUUGUAAUCUUGUGAAUAUUUAGGUCAAGGACGUUUGUGUGCGCUGGUUUGAUUUUAUCAUUUUAUCUAGUUCUGGGGAUUAGUGUCACUCAAAUACGGCACUGUUGUUGUGUAUAAAUGUAACUGUAUAGAUGCACUACGCACAAAGCAAUGCUUCUUAUGCCAGGAAAAGGAGGAUGUACAUGAUACAGACAUUCAGCAUUGACAGAUUUGUUUAUCUGCUAUCUUGUUCAUAAAUGACUGAUUUGUUUUUCAUCUUACUUUAUUAAAUGCCUAUA